UCUAAGACAAAUACCACAGACUGAGGGCAGGACUAAAGGAGCCGUGUCAGAGCCCACACCCCUAGCUCAACUCUAAGUCUACACAUGUUUGUGUGAAGGCCGGCAUGGACUUCCAGAGAAAUCCCUGUCAAAUUAAGAUAAGGGAUAUUGGGCAGUUUUGUGACAAUGGCACAAUAAAAUUGGAAAACGGAUCAAGAGAGUAGGUAUAAAUGUGGGUGGAAUCGGAGACAGUGCCAAUGGCAGUGACAGCUGAGCAGAACUUUGACCUGAGUUUCCUGAGCAGAGAGGAGACUCAGACUGUGCUGAGGGUGCUCGAGCGAGACAGGCAUCUGAAGAUGAUCGAGGCAGAGAGAGUGGGCCGGUUGUUCCCUGGGAGAGACACUAGGCUGGGAAUGAAGAACUCUGUGAGCUCUUCCCCUCAGCGAGCGCAGACCGUAUGGAGCACCAUGCUCCCAGUCUCACCAGUGCAGGCAAACCCACCACCUAUAAAGGCUUCACCCAGGCUGAACACACAGGCAAACCCACCACCUAUGAAGGCUUUACCCAGGCUGAACACACAGGCAAACACAGAAAGCCAAGCUGGCAGAGCUGGAGAUUCGUCAGGAGGAGUCGGGAAGCACCCGAGCCUACGCUCUCGUCUCUCCUCACUGCUCAGCAUCCCAUUUCUGCAGCGCAAAAGCAACAGCAGAGACGGGAACAUCAGCAGAGACGUGAACAUCAGCAGAGACGGGAACAUCAGCAGAGACGUGAACAUCAGCAGCGGUCAUAGAGACAUGGGCAGCAGCAGCAGAGGCACAGAUGCAAGCAGCAGCAGCAGCAUCAGCAGGCCUCAACAGGUUAACCGCCAUGGCAUUUCAAGUGAAGAGUCCCAAGCCAUCAGGAAACAGAGAGAGAUAACAGAGAGAGAUAAACAAACAGAAUCAUCUUUCCCAGGAACUCAUCUGAAAGCAGAGUCAUGCACAGAUCAGACACACAGAGAGAAACAUGACAGACAGAGUCCUGACAUUUCUAGACCUACCAAGUCAGCCUCAAGGCCAGCCAGUCUCCUCACAACAAGGCCAGCGUCACUGUCAGAGGGGACAAGCCCCUCGCCCUCUCCAGAGCAGGACAGACACACAGUGGGAAUCAGUAUCCCAAAUGAAGAUGGCCCACUUCCAAGUAAAGCUGAUGAAGAUGAAGAUGAAGACGAAGACUCACGGGAGGCCAGUCUGCCCAUCACUCCAGAUGACACCUCCUUGUGCUGUGUGCCCUUGACUUCUGACAGGGAAAUUAAAAAGGACGUUAACCAACCUAUUUCCGGAGUCUGA